CUCAGUAAAGUACAUACUACAACCAAAAAUGGCUCGUUUCCUUCAAAUCCUGCUCGUCGUUUGCCUAUCCGGCGCACUUUGCGCUGCUGAAGCGCCACGCUACCGCAACCGUAAUGGACGUCUCCAACUCUCAAAACAACGUAGCCGUUUCUUGGCCCGCCAGGAAGCCGCUGAGGCUGAAGAGGCUGCAGUGACACCAUACCCAUCCAAAAAGGAACUCAUACCAGAAAUACCAUUCGAUGAAUCCGCCGCCGCUGCAACUCCGGAAGCACCUGUCGAACCAGAAGUUCCCGCUGCUGCAUCCGAAGACGAUAUCAAUGUUUCUCUGAGUGUCGACCUGCCCGCUGAACAGGCUCCAACUGAAGAAGAAGAGGCUACCGCUGAUGAUGCCGAGGGCGAACAUGAACCCGAUCUUAUUUAUGGCCCACCAGAGGCUGAGGAUGUGCCAGAAGUGAAUGAAAUUACACCCGAGGAAGAGAUCGAAGCCACCAUUGCUGAGGAGGAGGAAGCACAGGCAGCCGCUGAAGAAGAAAUCCAAUCCGAACGUUUGAUCUUCGGCCGUCGCAUUAACGUACGCAAAUCUGCACGCCCAGCCAAGUUGCGUGCUCCAGCUCGCGCUCGCACCAACGCCGUGAAAUCUGCCAGAAUUGUUAAAGCCAAGGUAUUGACCAAAGCUCGUCCAGCUCGCCUCCUGCAACUACCCCAGAGACAACAGUUUGUCGCACCCCAACAAUUUGCCGCUCAGCAACAACAACAGCCCAUUUUCUACUACACCGCCGGACAAUUGCAGCAAUGGUGAAAGGUGUAAAGAGCUGGAGCAGAUCGUGGCUAAGUUUUAUUAUUGUAGGAU